AUGAUGAGUGAGAAUUUAAACGAAGAUCCAGAAAAUAUAAAUGACGCGAACGAACAUGGAGAUAAAUUCACAAACAGAGCAAACAACGUGAGUGAGGUAAACGCCACGGGCACGGAGGAGGCAGGUGAGAAGGAUACAUCAAUUACAGGAGAAAAAGGAAAUCCCAAAAAAAGGGGAACAGAAGGAAAUGGAGAAGACUCUUUUAGGCCGUCGUCUCCUCCUCAUGUGAAGCGGAAAAAGGAUUCUGCAGAGUAUUCACAACAGGGGGAAAAACAGAGUAAAGGCCUUAGGGAAAACGCAAAGAAGAGGGGGGAUGCAGCGGACGUAGGAGAAUCAAAGAACAGUGGCAAAAACAAGAAUGAAGAGAAAAAAAUAUUCAUCGACAAGAAUAAUCUUUUCCACGAAAUAAACUUGUUGAUAAAAAAAAAAUUAAAAAUUCAUGAUGCAAUAAAAAUUGACUUAUUUUACAAAGACAAUUGCACACAGAUAAAGCCCUACGCCAUUUUUGACGAGUACAAAUAUGUUAAUAUAGAAAAUAAAAUCAACUUGGAGAUUGUAAAUUUUUUGAGGAAGAGCUUACAGAGUGAGGAGAGGAAGCAGUUCCUGUCCAUACACAGCAGUGUGGUGGAACUUCGAGGAAGCUUCAAUGAUGAGCUAAUAAACCUACCAAUAGUUAAUCAAAUUAUUUUGCAGAAAAUUAGUAACAAUAAUUACAAGUACAAAUUUAAUAUCGACACUGAGGUGCUGAACUACAUCUAUGUCGAUCUCUUCAAAAUUCAUAAAAGUAAAUAUAAGUUUAAAAUUUUGGAAAAGAAAUAUGAACUGGAGGAGUGGUACUACUACGACACAAGGAAGGAUCGACGCAAGGGUGGGGGCACCGCUCAAGUGAUUGGAGAAGCAACUGCUGCAGAACAGGAGCCUGUGCAGGAGGACGAAGCGGCGGAUCAAAAGCGUGAGGAAAAUAAGAACGAUGACCAGACACGCCACGAAAGGGCGAGUGAGCAAAGCGAUCUGGAGGAAAAUAGCACAUCGAGCGAAUCGAACGAAAGUGAUGCAUUGAUAAAUUUAUAUAACGAGGAAAAGAAGAAGGAGGAGAUGCAGUUGCUCAAUGGGAAAACGAGAAGGAAGAAGAAAAGGAAGAAGAGGAAAAAAAAAAUUGUUGAUAAGGAUAAGGUGUACAUGGAAAAGUUAAAAAAGCUAGUGGAAGAGGACAGCGAUAAUGAAGCUAAUGCCACGUCAAGUGAGCACAACUCUACGGAAUCGGAUGACUCGUCUAAUGACAGAAAUCAGAUUUUGUAUAGGAGGAAAAUAAUAUACUCCAGGGAUGGCGAUGGGACGGUUAUAAGCGCAUUUAAGGAGGUCGAAAGUGACACCGUCUGUGUUUAUUACCCGAAUAGUUCGUACAACCAGUGUCUAAAUUUGAGUUCUUUUGAGCCUCUGUUGGGGGGUGUCCCCUCCACCGAAGUACCUGUACCCGAUGGUACAAAUCGGCCGAGCGUACAGCGCCGUACGUACGACAUAUAUCAGCACAAAAAUGGGCAAAGGGUCGUGGGAGUCAGCGCUGGGAGCAACGCGGGCGAACCGCCCAACCUGCAGGCUCUGCAUGAAGAGAAUAUCAGAAUACAAAAAAGAUACGUGAGGGACAUCUCGAUUUACAAUUUCUGCUGCGACGACAAGUACAAGGGAUGCAGUCUAUUUCUACAUGUGGCAAAAAAUAAAAAAUUGAAAAAUGUGAACAUAGACUACAACAUUGAUUACUCCGAUUUUUCCAGUAAUUUGGAUAUCAUCAAAAUGUACGAAGUGAAGGGCGAGGCCAGUGCGAGUGCCAAGGGUGUGGAGAAUAGGAGAAAAGAUGUGGGGAAGCUGUUCGAGCUUGAGAAGGACUGGAAGGUGAACGUGGAUAUGUACAUCGACAUUGAGCGGGUUGUGCGCGAGUUCAGAAAAGGGGAAGAGGGGAGCAACAUUGGCCAGGUUAGCGGCGUGAGCGGCGGCGAUGAUGGAGAUGGAGACGGAAACGAAGACGGAUGUGGCGAUGGCCGCGAAAAACUAGACCAACGCGAAGGACGCUCGAACAAGCUGGACUACGUGAUAUACAACUUUUACAAAAACUUCGAGUGCCUAAUCAACUUGUUAAACAAGCUGAAGAACAACACCACCAAGUUCGAUUACUUCUACCCCAAGAUGAUAGGAGACGUGAAUGAGGAAAUCAGGAAGCACUACGACAAAAAAAAAGUCAUUCUGUUGAAAAAGUCCAACAUCAAAUAUAUCCGUAUCUUCAAUAAUGAGGUGAAGAGAUUAAUGAUCCUGUUCUUUGUUCCAUAUGGCUCCAAAAUUUUGGACCUUGCAUGCGGCCAUGGACAGGAUAUGCUCAAAUACAACACGGUGAAAAAUAAGGUCUAUGUUGGGCUGGACAUCUCCAAGAAGGAAAUUGAGUUGGCCAAGGAACGCUUAAGUCAGAAUGAUGUAAAAGGCUUAUGUAAUCAUGACAACUUUUUAUUUCUGCAAGGGGAUAUUUUAAAUAAUAAAUUUUUUCGAAAAUGGAAAAAUAAAAAUAUCACGUUUGACAUAAUUUCUAUAAAUUUGGCCAUGCAUUACGUGGUGUACAAUGAGAAGUCUUCUAAAAAAUUUUUUAAAAUCAUAGAAAAUUUUUUGGAGAGUGAAGGCUUACUUUUGGCGACCACCAUUUCGACCAUCACGCUGGCUGACUUUUUGAUGAAGCGCUCAGUCACGGAGGUGGUUAGCGACUCCAUUACGCUGACGCUGGCAAACGACUUGUUCACGAUCCGGUUCGACCAGGAAAAUCUUCUCAAGAUUUUUAAGAAUAAAAUGUGUCUGGACGAAUUCAUAGAAUUCGUCAAUAGCAACAGCACAGUGUCUCAGGUGAAGUACGACUACUUCCACAAUUUGAUAAAAAACGCCCUGGAGAACACGUUAGGGAUUAAGUAUUAUUUUUACCUGUACGAUACAAUUGACGCGAACGAGUUUGUCAUUCCUCAGAAAUAUUUAAAACAUAAGUUACAAGAACUGAACAUGGUUGAGCUAUUCAACAACAGCGCCAUCAUGUUUCUUCAUUACAUCACCAACAACUUGGAGACAUAUGAGAAGUACCAAAAUAUAAAUUACUUUAACCUAAUCAAUAAAACAAUAAAUAAGUACAUUUUUGACGAUAUUAAAAUGCGCAUUAAUAAAAUUCAUGGGUAUAAUAGGGACUCCCAAAUUUAUUUUGACAUUUGUUCUUUGUACCACGUGUAUGUUUAUAAGAAGAAUUUCGAUGCGUCCAUAUUGGGAGUGGUGUAA